AUGGAGGAACUGGAUAUAAUUGCUGAACAACAUCCUCUUGAACUUACUGGGAUAAAUCAUUAUCAAAUCAUUGAUGAUAAUAAUGAUAUUGUACCAACUUACGCAGCACGAUUAGCUGAACCGAUUAUUAUUCGCGGUGCUGGUCAUAUAACUGUAUUUGCAUUGAAUAAUAAAUUUGAUGAAGAAUAUCCACAAGCUUUAAAUUAUAAAGUCUCUCGAGAUGAAUAUCAAGAAACGAUUAAACGAAUUAAUACGCUUUUGAGAAAAAAUGUUCCAAUGAAUUUUAAAUGGUUAUUAUUUGGUUGUAUAUGUUGUUGUUGUACCUUUGGUCUUUCAUUAUGUCCUGUGUUAUGUUUGAAUAAGCGUUCGAAAAAUGCAGUAAACGAAGUUCUCGAUUGGGAAAAUGCUCGUCUUUAUCAUAAAAUUGGUUUACAUUGGCAUUUAGCAAAACAAAAAUGCUCAAAUAGUACUGUACAAGAGUAUGUGUUAAUGAUCGAAUUUCGUCCACCAUUAUCAUUAUCGCACCCUGAUUGA